CGCCUGCGCAGAUUGGGGAACGUCUGGAAGACAGUGCAACUACCGCCAUUUUGCGGGGAGAGGAGCGGCUCCGGCUGCAGUGGGGCUUUUACUGCUGAGGCUCUGAACACAGCCGAGCUUCGCACCCUCCAACAAACCCGAAGGAGCAGAGAAGACCGGAGCCCCCCUACCCCCGCGGGGACCCGGAACUGGAUAGGACACGGUCUGUAUUAUUUUGUCUCUACCCAGUUUCCUUGUAGACCCUUCACCUAUUCUAAGUCAUCAAGCAGAAAUAGUUCAGAUCUGUAAGGUGCAAAAAUAAACCUAGGAUCUGCUGUGAUGGCAUCCGAUGACUUUGAUAUAGUGAUUGAGGCCAUGCUGGAGGCUCCCUAUAAAAAAGAGGAGGGUGAGCAGCAACGGAAGGAGGUUAAAAAGGACGGCCCUAGCAACACCAGCAACAGCACCAGCAACAGUGGCAGUGGGAGCAGCACCAGUGUGGAGGCAAGCAAGAAGAAGAGUCGGAGCCAUAGUAAAAGCAGGGAUAGAAAGCGCAGUCGUAGUCGAGACCGGGAUCGGCAUAGACGGAGAAGUAGUCGGAGCCGAAGUCGAGAUCGGCAGCAUCGUCACCACAGCCAAAGCUGGGAUCAUCAACAUAGUAGUGAGUCCAGAAGUCGGGCCCCACGUCGUGAGAAUCGUGUGCACUACAGGAGUCCACCACUUGCCGCUGGGCAUAGGUAUGGACACAGUAAGAGUCCUCAUUUCAGAGAGAAGAGUCCAGUCAGGGAGUCAAUUGAUAAUCUGAGUCCCGAGGAGCGUGAUGCCCGCACAGUUUUCUGUAUGCAGUUAGCCGCCCGCAUUCGGCCUCGAGACCUGGAGGACUUUUUCUCUGCUAUUGGCAAGGUUCGUGAUGUACGUAUCAUCUCAGAUCGGAACUCACGUCGUUCUAAGGGCAUUGCCUAUGUGGAAUUCUGUGAAAUCCAGUCUGUGCCACUGGCCAUUGCGUUGACAGGGCAGCGACUGCUGGGGGUGCCUAUCAUUGUACAGGCCUCACAGGCUGAGAAAAACCGACUGGCAGCCAUGGCCAACAACCUGCAGAAAGGCAGUGGUGGACCAAUGCGCCUCUGUGUGGGCUCCCUGCACUGCAACAUUACCGAGGACAUGCUCCGGGGCAUCUUUGAGCCCUUUGGCAAAAUUGAUAAUAUUGUCCUGAUGAAGGACUCAGAUACAGGCCGCUCUAAAGGUUAUGGUUUCAUUACGUUCUCUGACUCUGAGUGUGCCCGACGGGCCCUGGAACAGUUGAAUGGCUUUGAGCUUGCUGGUCGACCUAUGAGAGUUGGCCAUUUGACUGAGCGACUGGAUGGUGGCACAGACAUCACUUUUCCUGAUGGAGACCAGGAGCUGAAUCUGGGAUCAGCGGGUGGACGUUUGCAGCUCAUGGCCAAAUUGGCAGAAGGCUCUGGAAUCCAGCUGCCAACCACAGCCGCUGCUGCCGCCGCCGUUGCCCAAGCUGCUGCUUUGCAGCUGAAUGGAGCAGUUCACUUGGGGGCCCUAAACCCAGCAGCUCUGACUGGUAGACGUGGACUUGGGAAAGGGAUAGAUGGGCUGGGCCUGGGAAGAAGGAAUGCUCUGUGCUCACUGACUCACUUUGCCUCUUCUCUCUGUUCUAGCUCUGAGUCCAGCCCUGAACCUUGCCUCUCAGGCAAUUGCCUCCCAGUGCUUCCAGCUUUCCAGCCUUUUUACCCCCCAGACCAUGUGAGUCGCAGGACCUCAUUCAUUUUAGACUCUGGUUGUUUUCUUUCGUUUUACUUCCAUUUAUCUCUUCUCUUUGCCCCAAGUAAAUCAGUGGCAUAGUGCAUUGCCUCCCUAUGCCUCUGGGUCCUGCCACUCCCUUCAUAUCUGCCAUUCUACGGCCCCUUCUAUCCAUUUUGUGGAUCAAGCCAUCCUGAAGCCAUGGACAUUAACUCGGGGGGAGUUGGGGUCACCCGUAGACACCAAGAAGAGCUCCUGCCCAUGGACCCACUGGGAAUGGACUCUGCUGAGCAACCACUAGUUGAAGAGAAGAGAAUUAUUGAACACCUGUUUGUCCGUGUAUACCAUCUCCUGGGAUGGUCUUCAUUGCCCUUUCCAACCACCUCUCAGUGAUUCCUCCAUUCCUCCUCUGUUGAGAAGGCUUUAGGGCAUUAACUGAAGGGACUGAUUUCUUUUUGUCCCCUAUACCUGUACCCUACAAUUUUGUCAAGGAAAAACCCUUAAGCCCUCUGGUCCAAGAGGAUUUUUCAGUUUGGGGUCUGAACCUUGAAGGUGCUGGCUUGAUGCUACAAGGGCCCUGGAAGAUAGCUUGGACAUGUAUGUGCAUUGUAAAGCCUGCCUUAGACCUCAGUUUGGGGCCAGAACUACUGUGGGCUCUGCAGUUUGCUGGGAGCUAUAGAAAUGAUCUAUCCUGCCAGGUAUUUUGGAUGUCUUAGGGGCAUUCAAGAGUUUAGUGAAAGAUGGGGUACCUUUCCAGUAUCUUCCAUCUUCUUUUGUAUAGUUAGUUGUCCUUCCUCCGGUCCAGGAAGGGAGGAUGGUGGAGAGGCUGCUACUCUCCACUACUUCCGACGUGCCUCUACUGUGGGCUCCACCCCAGUGCUAAAGCCACUCCUGUCCCCUACUUGGGCACAUGUGAGCCCUUCCCACCGGACUUUAUAUCCUUGAGUCUGUGUACAUAAACAAUAUAUAUAUAUAAACUUUGUACAAAAGGCAAGCCUUGCUGUUGUGGCUGCUGCCCAUGUGUGUAGUCUCAGUUGUGUCUGAUGUUAACUUCUAAUGAGCCAAAACCAUGAGUGGUUGUAGGAAUAUAAAACAAUGCCAUUGUGUUUUCUUUAUUUUAAUGGUAUCUAACCUUUAGAAAUAAACAGUACAAAAGGUGCAUACCUGUAUUCAGAUA